AUGCGCCAAGCGCGCGACAGGCAAAGAGAAUCAAUUGCUCUCAGUGGUUCGAACCCUGGCAAAUCCGUCGCUAACAUCUUCCGUCAUCGGUCCUCCUCUAAGCGUGGUCAUGAACUUCCACCCCUGCUAAAUGAUAACAAAUUCUUCCUCACCGAUGACACUGACAAGGCGGAGUUGCUUAGUGCUUUCUUUGCAAAACACCUUGCUACCGAGUCCGAUCCGGUCCCUUUCUUUCGAUCACUUUCAGAUAGGACACUUAGUACAAUUGAUGUCUCCUCAGAUCUCAUUAAGAAACACAUAAGCCGUUUGAAAUACUCAUACUGCUCAGGAACGGACGGGAUUCCGAAUUCGAUUAUUAAACAAGCGUCCGACCUUCCCAUAUUGCUUAGUCAUUUAUUCUCUGUUUAUAUUUCAAAAGGAUUCUUUCCUGAAACAUGGAAAACGUCAAUUAUCAUUUCCGUUUUCAAGUCAGGAUCUCGGUCCGAUGUUAAUAACUAUCGGGGCGUGCACAAAACGCCGCCUCUAGCAAAACUUCUUAAAAGGAUUAUUUUCAAUGAAAUUCUUGACUUCUGUCUAGCUAAUCGACUUCUGAGCUCUAGUCAGCAUGGGUUUUUACCUGAACAAUCCUGCGAAACAUGUCACUUGGCUUUUCUUAAUCUAAUCACUUCUCUUCGUAAUGAGCGGCAGUCAGUGGUUGUUAUUUACUUUGAUCUUAGCAAAGCCUUUGACAAGGUGCCCCAUAGACGUCUUUUAGUAAAAUUGGAAGCCCUCGGCAUCCGGCCGCCUCUACUCGACUUCAUUAGGUCCUAUCUGUCCAACCGAUAUCAGAAAGUCAUGGUCGGUAAUAGCUACUCGACACCUCACUUGAUCACGAGUGGCGUACUUCAAGGCACGGUCCUGGGUCCGCUACUCUUCCUUCUGUACACCAUUGAUAUUUCGACUGAACUCGGAAAUUCGCAAACUUUUACUUAUGCCGAUGACCUCAAGUGUGUUUACUCAUCCUCUAAGGACACCGCAAAUGUUUGUGUUGAAAAAAUAAAUGCCGAUUUACUACGCUUAAGCAGAUGGGGUUCGACAUGGCAGAUGGAGUUUUCAUCAUCCAAGUGUAGUUUCAUGUCUUUUGGUCCUACCAAACUUCCUGGUCCCAUAAUUUUUCAGAAUAACCCACUCUCAAAAUGCCUCACCAUAAAGGGCCUAGGUCUAAGUUAUACAAAUAAACUUGCUUUAUCACCUCAUGCAGAUAGAAUCUCUGCCAAAGCCGCGCAGAUAUGUGGAUUCAUAUCGCAUAAUUUUUUCCUUCCGGAAAUGAAGCUAAGACUUUAUCAAAUGUUUGUUCUUUCAGUCCUCGAAUAUUGCUGUCCUUUCUUCGGUUUAAUGAACGCCUGCGACCGUAAUAAAAUCGAAAAUGUUCAGAGGGUUUUCACCCGGAAACUGUUCUCUCAAGCUUCGUCCAGUAUUUCUUAUACUCAGAGAUGUCAGCUGGCGAACAUUAAGUUUUUGUGGGUUAGAAGACUCGAAGCUGGCCUUUGCUUCCUUUUUCGCAUCAACUCUAGCUCCAGUCUUCCGCACAUUGACACUCUCACUCCGAGAGAUCGGUCUUAUGCCACGCGCAACUCCUGCAUGGUGAUUCCGCCGCCUCUUUGUACUACAUCUAAGCGCUCCCUCUUCUUUGCUUCCAAAUAUGCCUUCCUUUGGAAUAAUCUUCCGCCUGAAAUUAGAUUAUCGCCUAAGUUACUGGUAUUCAAGUCGAAAUUACGCAACCAUCUUACACCGAAAAGCAUAAAGGCACUGUUAACGGUCUCAUUCCCGAACACUCAGAUUCUUGACUUCGAGAAGGGUCCUCCUGGGAUUUAGUGGUAGAUUAAGUGGUAACUCUUAAUUAUAUCAUUAGAAACCCCUGUUUUAAAUUGGUUUCUAAAUCCCUUGCUAUCCUUCCCCCCUUCCCCGAUAACGACAAUUUUCGCGGUUUUUGAUGCCAUCUCCCGCAUUCCGACCUCAUGCGGUCUGUCGACACUCACGGCGGAACCCUCAGUCUUCACUGUUUACUAGUAGUUCGGUCGUACCUCCCUUCCUCACUGCUCGGCUGAGCUCGAAGCGUGCUGUGGCCGAUCGCAUCUCGGUUCCUCUCGUCUGGCCUCUUUGACGCGGCGUACCAAUCCGGCCCAGACGAUCUCAAUUGUGAAUCCCGUAUACAAUGCCAUUUGCAAGCCAGUCCUGUCUGACCCACAUUCGUACCCAUCAAGGCGGACAUUUAUUGCUACCCUGACGAUGGCCGACAACCUUCCGUUAUAUACCGCCACCUACAGGCCAGUCCUGUUCGCUUUUUUCUGUUAUUAUUUUUAAAGAGGGGUUUUUUUCUCCUGUAAAUUUAAUCCAAUCAUUUUUAACUUUUUUAAGGAGUUUUUUUUCACCCCUCAAUCAUCAUGUUUCUCAAUGGACUUCUAAUUUAGAAACUAGGAAUCGCAUUUUGUAAAGAUUCGGCCUACCUCGUCUAAAACUCGCAUGCAAAUUUAUUUUAACUUGAUUGAUUGAUGGGACCCCGACGGGUCUUUAAUAAAAAUUAUCUAUCUAUCUAUCUACCAUCGCGGACUCGGUGCCACAACAGAGUUCAGAAAACCGGAGGAGGGAUCGAGUGGAGGUGACUGGAAUGACGUGAAACUGCGUCUGAUUUCAUCACCACUCCCCUGUCUAUCUCAUUAGUUUUGAGUGCACAGCCCAAUAAUACACGUCAUAUUCUGACCCGGCCGCCUGUUGGUCCAACGCAACUCUCGGGCGGACCGUUUUGGUGGACUGCGACAGCUCGACCGUCAAUUCCGACGAUGUCCACCGUGUGCUCCACAUCAUUGUGAGAGCAGGGACGGUAACUUGUGCGGGAUUAGUUUAUAGUUAUAGAAGACUUGCAUAGCACCUACCGCACUCUUUCUCUCUCACUUCCACACUUCCCACCUGGACCCUGUGAGGGGACAGAGGCAAGAAAACCAGAGGCAGGGAGGACGCAGGUGGAUGGCACGGCCGGACCCGCACCUAGACGUGCCACCACACCCCCUGGUCCACGAGACACAUUUGUCCAGGAUUUUUCACCGACAAUAAGAACGCCCCAACAGAAGUAAGAACGACGAGGAGGACUGGGCAACCAUGCCCACCACCUGUAUACCCAGCGGGAGCGCAAGCGCAUCCACCAUCAGGGAACCAGGUGUCAGGGAACUGACAGCGCAUACCAGGCUACGAGGGCCACGGCUUGCUGACACCGGCAUAGCACACGCUUUCAGACCUUUUGACCUAGAAGGACGACACGUAGCUUUGCAUUUAGCCUGGGCCGUCACCCUUCAAGGUUGGGUAGCCCAACAGUCGUCGACUGAAUGACACUACUCAUAAAACACACACACACCCUUCUCAUAUGCAUAGGUAUCACAGAUCGCUUGAGAAGGGGUCGCGGCAGUCUGGCUUUCAGCCCGUAGGUCCGUCACUCCACACAACACACACAGCUGGGCAGACUGUGUGGACAGAUCUGGGACGUGAGUCGGCUGUCUUCCGAGCCACGGCUUACGACGCACCGUCUUCGUCUCAGACUCUGAACAAACCUGUAGCAGAAGAUUUGCAUAGAAAACAACCGAGACGCGCACCUCGCACUUGCGUGGGAGGUAGCAUUUGGUUGCUUGCGGUGGCUGAUGUUGAUGUGCGGGGAGAUGCUGGUGAGGGAGGGUGUGAUUGUGCGGUGCAGCCGGCGAUUGUCUACCGCAGGAUUUCGUGGAUGCGCAUGUGGCUUAAUAGACCCAUGUGGUGAAUAAAUGUGCGAGUGCAAUGUAGGCAGUGGGGGCGGAUGCGACGAGUGAAGGUUGGUGCUCAAGGCGUUGGUUCGCCAGUCUCUGUACGAUGAAUUAGCAAUUGACCGGCUAGACCGAGGUGUGAGGUGACAAUGUGGACAUGAGAAGUCGGCGCACUAAGCGACGGUGUAUGAGCUGGGCUGAGCGUGGUGGGUAUGGAGGAUUCAGUGAGUGUGAUGGAGCUGGUGGCGGCAACCGCGCUGAUUUGAGGAGCAUGGGCGGUUCUAGACAUGGUAGGAAUGUUGGAUGUGCUAGGUCUGUCGAGACUGCGGCCAAUUCCGCUCUCGUGUAUACGCAUGUGGCCGAACAGGUCCAUGAGGUGCAUAAACGUGCGAGGGCAGUGUGGACAGUGGAGGCGAAUGCAGUGGAUGAAGUUCGGUGCUCCAAGUACUGGAGGUGUUGGUGUUAGUUGGAGCCUCCCAAGUGUAAGGAAUGUUGAUGGCCGUGGCAGGAGGAACAACGGCAGAAGUUGAGGCUGGACGAGGACGACGACGACGACGAUGAUGAUGAUGAUGAUGAUGAUGAUGAUGAUGAUGAUGAUGAUGAUGAUGAUGAUGAUGAUGAUGAUGAUGAUGAUGAUGAUGAUGAUGAUGAUGAUGAUGAUGAUGAUGAUGAUGAUGAUAGAAUAGGUUUAUUGUAGCGCCCCUUGGGCACUGUCAGUCCCCUUUGAACUCAGGAAAAAAACCCAAAACAAACUCGUCAAUUUCAACUGCACUUUGACUUCAUUUGCUUCGGGUGACUGGUUAGCCAAAAGAGCGCGAAUUGAGAGUUUGUUUUAAGUUAAAAAAACCUCAGUUCGAAGGGAAAAUAAUAACAAAAUUUUCAAAAAAUAACGAUAUGUACAAUAUAAAAAUUGAAGUUUGCAGUUUGGUAGUUUUCGGGGGCAUGAAUAAUAUGUCCUUCAUGGCAGUUGAAGAACUUUGAUAUCGGCCUGACCUUGAAAUUAUUUUCCUGUUGGGUAAAUUUCGGUUUGCUCUAGUUGCUGGUUGUCAUGUGAUACGGCAGGAGUGAACUGACCGUUUUUCUUUUUGUUUUAUUAAAGUGGCCUGUUUCCGAAAGGGAGUAGUGUGUGUUUUUUUUUGUGCCUGCAGGAUCUACUGAAGGAGUCCGCACCCCACCCCCUGUAGCAGCCUCCAGCUCUACACUCCCCGUGCUUCAACCAGCCAGCGACCGGGAUUAUAUUGUUAGAGAACCUCCCUUGGACCAGCAUUAGUCUGCGAAUAUUCUUUCCUUCCCCUCCUGUUUUCCGAUUCGUAUACACUCACUGACGUUCUUCGUUUUUCCUCCCCGUCUCCACUCAUUCAAUACAUUUAUAUAUCAACUAUCUUAGUUGUCUCCGUUACACUCGUUUGUCUGAAGUAUUGCCUGCCGUACGAUGCCAAAAUCCAAAACUGAACCGACAAGCCAACCCGGACCAAACCCCGUUUUAUGUGAUUCUAUUACGACAAAGAACGUUAACCCAGGGCCGGUCUCCCCGACAGGACAGCCAGACGGACCGCCCAUUACAUUGGUGGCAGCGGUGCCCUCGAGCUCCGCUCCGCACAUCCGUGCCAACAAUUCCUCAUACACCACACUGCCCUUGAAGCUAACUGCUUACGAUGGGAAGGAAGACUUUUCCGCUUGGCUCCGGCGAUCUCGAUUCCAUGUUGGAUUGGUUCCCCCCCAAGACCAAAGUAUGGCCAUCUUACAGAGUCUAACGGCCACCCAACUGGAUAAGGCACUAGACGCCGGGUUAUCCGAGGAAACCCCACUGGCCCAACUAUGCAGCGAGUUGGAAAACCUGCUGAAACCCUCCAUAUCUAAGCGAGAGGCGUUAGACCGCAUGUACUCGCGACGGAGACUGGUAGGUGAAUCGCCCAAGGACUUCGCAGAUGACUUAUACUGCCUUUGUAAGGCGGCGUUCCCGUCUAUAUCCCCUGCCGACUGCAACGACGCCGUCGUCUACCACUUCAUUAAGUACAUUGAACCAUCGGAACUACGGCGUUCACUCCUCUUACAGCCUCCCCACGACCUCCAAGACGCCAUCAGUCGUGUAAACCAUUACUCAACACUGCCACAUCCUGACUUACCCCGCCAGUCAUUUCUUUGAAACAAUCAAGCCCAGAACUGGCGACGAGACGAUGCCGGUAAUCACAACCGGCCGGGACCCUUUAACCGAUUCCAGUACCCCAGACGCGGGGACUAUAACCGUUUUGGCAACCGACAAGUCUGCGCAUGUCACAACCACCGGUCAAACCCACCCAACAAACUUACCGGAUCGGGUACGUGUUCCAUUCCGCUUGUCUCCCAGCUUCAUGCCACAGUACCACCAUUCUAUACUGAACUGCUUCUUAAUCAGCGACCGAUCCGCGCCUUAAUAGACACGGGGGCGACGAUAUCGUUAGUAAACCCGCAAAUACUGUCCCAUGCACAAAAUGUGUAGAUAGACCCGAGACCCCGGUCCACAUGCUUAACCACAGCAGAUGGCUCUCGGCUGGACUGCAUCGGCAGCAUUUUGUUACAACUGACAUUUCAGUCCGGGUUGAGACAACAUACCUUUUUGGUAGUGCCAGGACUAGCCUGGGAUAUAUUGCUAGGACUCGAUUUCCUCAGUAGAUACAAUUGUGCCAUUCAGGUCAAUCAGCGUACUAUCGAGUUCCAAAGACCACUCUCUACUACACAGGCCGUCUCACCUACGUUUGACGAAGACGCAGUGUGUGCUGCUAUUCAAGCCACAGUUGCCUUACCUACCGUUCACAUCGACACCAUGCUACCUGACACCGUGAAUGUAACUGAAAACGACCGUGAGACAUUGCGAGCCCUACUAACAGAGUUCACAGAAGUUUUUGCGUGGGAUGACGACUCUCUAGGUAGAACGGCAUAUCUGCGGCACUCCAUCGACACCGGCAAUGCCAAACCGGUAUGGCAGCCACCUCGGCGAAUACCGGCCCAUUUCCAGGACGAAGUCAGUCAACUGAUUGAUUUUAUGCUUAAGAAUCGCGUUAUACGCCCAUCAAACUCAUCAUGGGCAUCUCCCGUUACCCUAGUACCGAAGAAAGACGGGAAACUACGCCUUUGCGUCGACUACCGCAGACUCAACGCCUUGACCACUCGAGACUCAUUUCCACUUCCCCGUAUCGAUGUGACCCUCGACGCACUAGCUGGCGCACGCUGGUUUUCUACUUUAGACCUUAAAUCGGGGUACUGGCAGGUCGAGAUAGAACCUGCAGACCGCCACAAGACAGCAGUUACACUUCCACAAGGACUAUUCGAAUAUGAGACCAUGCCAUUCGGCUUAUGCAAUGCACCAGCGACAUUUCAGCGCUUGAUGCAAGUCGUCCUUGGCCAACUGCUACCAAAUCAGUGCCUGGUCUACUUAGACGAUGUUAUAGUUUUCGGACGCACUAUAGCACAUCAUAAUCAAAACCUCGCGGCCGUUUUAACCGCACUGGGCGACGCAGGUUUACGUCUUAACCCACAGAAGUGUUUGUUUUUGCGUGACAAGGUCACCUAUUUGGGACAUGAAAUCAGUCGAGAAGGCAUCCAGGCUUCUCCGGAGAAAAUCAGCGCUGUUAAAUUGUGGCCGAUUCCUAAAUCAGUAACCGAACUCCGUAGUUUUCUUGGAUUGGCGUCUUACUAUCGCAAAUUUAUUUUAAAUUUUGCAUCCAUUGCUCAACCAUUACAUCGGUUAACCGAGAAAAGACGGAAAUUUACGUGGACUGACGAAUGUCAGAUUGCUUUCGACGAUCUGAAAGCCCACCUGCUCUCUGCACCGAUACUCACACUACCAAACACAGAAGCAGACGCUCCACCGUUUAUUCUGGACACAGACGCCAGUGGGUUCGCCAUGGGGGGAGUGCUAUCACAAGCUGAUGCCAACGGAACCGAACGACCUGUUUGCUUUGCCAGUAAGACGUUAUCCAAGCCACAACGUAAUUACUGCACUUAUCGUCGCGAACUUCUGGCCCUCAUAACGUUCGCUAAACAGUUUCGUGCAUUUUUGAUCGGCAAACCAUUUAUCGUGCGGACUGACCACAAAGCCUUACAGUGGCUACAGAAUACGAAGGAUGCAGAAGGACAGUUAGCCAGAUGGCAAGAGACACUUCAGCAGUUUACCUUCUCAUGUCAGUACCGGCCAGGGACUAAACACGCCAACGCUGAUGCUCUCUCCCGCCGUUAUGACGAAUCGACUUCUGAGGCGACCGCGACACCAGACGUUACCAUCAAUGCCGUGCACAUGAGCGAACCUACACGGUACCAUUGGACGGUGGUGCAAAGCACUGAUCCCGACACAGCUAUCCUGUAUAACCACCAGCGUGCGGGCAAGCACCGACCGACAGACGAGGAUCUCAGAGGAUCAUCUGAAGUCGCCCAUCUACUACGCAAUCACUGGCCUAACCUCUUCAUUGACAACGACUUACUUUUCAUUAGAGAAACUGCCAAUUCCACUCCUCGUGUUGUUGUGCCUGGCAGCUUAAUAAUUCCCGUUUUAACUGAUUUACAUCAUGAACUCGGUCACGUGGGCCAGGCUAAGACCGAAAAUGCAGCCAGGCAACGAUUUUGGUGGCCACAGUUACGUGAAACGGUGGCCACAUUUUGUAACAGUUGUCCUGUUUGUGCGUCGUUUAAAAGCCCUCAACAACGAUUUCGCGCUCCUCUCCAGCCUAUGGUCACAGGGUUCCCAUUCCAACGCGUUGGGGUCGACAUAAUUGGACCUUUGGCCUAUUCUACUUCCGGGCAUCAGUAUAUCUUAGUCAUGGUCGACUAUUUUACUAAAUGGGCAGAAGCCAUACCCCUCCGCAGACAGGAUGCGCUAUCAGUGACAACUGCCUUCUUUAACGACUGGAUUUGCCGUUUUGGGGCUCCUCUUUCCCUUCACUCAGACUGUGGCGCCAACUUUGAAAGUAAGUUAAUACAAGACGUAUGCGAUCAGUUACACAUUCAUAAGACACGAACAACCCCGGCACAUCCCGAAGGCAACGGACAAGUCGAACGAACCAAUCGCACUCUCAUAAACCUUCUAAAAGCGUUUGCCGAACAUCAUCGACCUUUCAACUGGGACACCAGGCUACCCUAUGCCCUAAUGGCUUAUCGCGCGACGGUUCACUCCUCUACAGGAUACUCGCCUUUUUUUAAGCUUACUGGACGGAACUUCCGACUACCUAUCGACUCCAACUUACCCAUCAUGGAAUCCGAGACCUACACCACCGGCUCUUACAUGCUUGAGCUUCAAGAACUAUUACGAAUCACACACAAUUUAGCACGCGAACAUCUAGGCUCAGCAUAUCAACGACAGAAAGAAAACUUCGACACACAAAUUUCCGGCACUCCUUAUCAACCAGGCGAUCUUGUUCUGCGUUACCGACCCAUACCACCCGUUGGCGUAUCAGCGAAGUUCUUCCAUCCUUGGGAAGGCCCUUUCCGCAUUCUUCGCGUCAUCCUACCUACCACAUACCAUAUACAGGAUGCCACAAUGCCCAAUAGCCCCACCAUGACUGUUCAUUUUGAUAAAUUAAAGCCCUUUAGAGGACGCUUACCACUAGCAUCACACGACACCCUACCCAUCCUUCCCGAUCACUUAGUUCCAGAACCUUCCAACGAAAUUACCAUACAGGACCCUUUACCGCGCGCCCCUGGGGACCCUGUGGACAGGGUCCCAUCCUGAGGGGGGGAAAGUGUGAUACGGCAGGAGUGAACUGACCGUUUUUCUUUUUGUUUUAUUAAAGUGGCCUGUUUCCGAAAGGGAGUAGUGUGUGUGUUUUUUUUUUGUGCCUGCAGGAUCUACUGAAGGAGUCCGCACCCCACCCCCUGUAGCAGACUCCAGCUCUACACUCCCCGUGCUUCAACCAGCCAGCGACCGGGAUUAUAUUGUUAGAGAACCUCCCUUGGACCAGCAUUAGUCUGCGAAUAUUCUUUCCUUCCCCUCCUGUUUUCCGAUUCGUAUACACUCACUGACGUUCUUCGUUUUUCCUCCCCGUCUCCACUCAUUCAAUACAUUUAUAUAUCAACUAUCUUAGUUGUCUCCGUUACACUCGUUUGUCUGAAGUAUUGCCUGCCGUACGAUGCCAAAAUCCAAAACUGAACCGACAAGCCAACCCGGACCAAACCCCGUUUUAUGUGAUUCUAUUACGACAAAGAACGUUAACCCAGGGCCGGUCUCCCCGACAGGACAGCCAGACGGACCGCCCAUUACAGUCAGUCUAUCUGGCCGGCUGUAAGGGGGCGGUCGCGCAGUUCCUACGUAUUUUUCAGGAGGCUUACCAUCGUUGUCUGGACUAAGAGCUGGAAAAGAUGAAUAUAUAUCAGGAGUAAGAAGCAUUCAAUGGUAAGUCACAAUGAAAACUGUCAAAAUACUAUUGAAUCAUGUAUCAUAUUGUUCUUGUUAAUGUGAAAUUAUAGGAGUAGUGGUCGACUGUUUACUAUGACCUAAUAUAGUUCUAUAUAUGUUUAAUAUGGCUUUAAUAUAGACAUACGCACGACUAAUAUGCAGGGUUUUAUCGAAGGGUAUAUUUUUAUUAGCUUUAUAAGGGAUAUUUAGUGUCAGGUGACAUAGCUGAUGAAAACGAGAAAGGGAGGAAAAUAGAGGAUUAUCAUUAUCUGUUCUAUGUUAAUCAAUGAUGCUAUCUUUUAUAAAUUUGAUUAUUUUUAGUGCUAUUUUCCGGUAUUUUUCAAUCGGCUGGCAUCAUCAGAGCCCUUUUGGACCAAAUUCAAUAUCAAAGAAUUGACUUGAAAAGUGUCCUAUCUUAUUCAAAAAUAAAUGUGUAUUGUUAUUUGAAAGGAAUUUCCUAGUUUUUAUUUUAAAUUCGAUUAGGGUUCGACUUUUCCGGAUAUAACCUGGAAGAGAAUUCCAGAUAGUCGCAUAUCUUAUGGUGUAGAAAUUUGAUCGUUGGGACUUUGUGAAUUUGGGAAUCUUUAUAAUAUCCUCGCUAUUUCUGGUGUUUCUAGGGGCGUUUUGGUUGGUAAGUAAAUUCAUUUUGAGAAUAUCUUGAUCGUGGGUGACCUUGAAUAGGAAGUUUAGACCAUUUCGAAGUCUUCUGAUCCAGAGUGGUCGAAGACCGUAUUUAUGAUAUAGUUCUAAGUAUGAACCCUGGAUGCCAUCACUUCUAGACAAAGAUCUAGUAAACCGUCUCUGAAUGCCUUCUAGUUUCUUUCGGCCGUCUGAGGGCAUUAUGCCGAAGAAAAUUGAACAGUAAUCUAGGAGAGGUAAAAGAUACAUUUUGAACAGUUGUAUUCUUAGUGCAUUUAAGGUGAAAUUUUUACAUAUGAAUCCACACAGGCGAGUGGCUUUCGGUGAUAUUUGUUGGACGUGGGGAGAUAAAUCAAGGGUAUUUGUAUAGCUGAGACCUAAAUCUUUUACAGAUUGGGCCUCUGUUAUUUCAUUAUCCUCGAAUAUUAUGGGGGGAAGUUUUUGUGGGCCAAAUAUCAGGAGAUGGCAUUUUUCGGGUGAAAAGGGCAUCUGCCACUGACUACUCCAUUCGCUGAGUUUUCUGAGAUCAGUUUCAAUUGUUCUAUGAAUAUUGGCUACUGUAUUCCCGUUAUAUGCAUAUGCAAUUUUAAGGUCGUCCGCAUAUGAUGAUGAUGAUGAUGAUGAUGAUGAUGAUGAUGAUGAUGAUGAUGAUGAUGAUGAUGAUGAUGAUGAUGAUGAUGAUGAUGAUGAUGAUGAUGAUGAUGAUGAUGAUGAUGAUGAUGAUGAUGAUGAUGAUGGGAAUCGUGAUGCGUGCUGGGGAUUGUGGUCAGUGUUAGUUGUCGGCGUAGGAGGUGAGGAAGAGUUAAGCGUAGAGAGAGGACCUGGUGUAGUCCGGGUGCUGCUGUUAGUACGGAGAUGUCCUACGAGACCGAUUGUCGCCCGGAACGUCCGCUGGCAGCAUGGGUAGGUUGGAGCUUGUUAAGCGUUGGCGUUGCGAGGUGGGCGCGGUUGAGAUUUGCGAGCGUCGCGUUUGGCCUUGGUUUUGGUGAUGCGCUUGACUUAUUAGAUAGUUGCACCCGUCUUCGAUGUCCUCUUCCAGGUCGGUCGGUCUCGGGUGAGGUCUUACAGGUUGGCCGGCUUGAUCUACAGACGCUCCAGCGGAGUCUUCAGACUUUCCAUGUAUUGACGGACUUGGCCUCCUUGCUGGCGGGAACCCGUUGCAUUAUCUCCAUAGAACAUGCUUUUGGGUAGCCGCUCGUCGUCUAUCCGCACGAGGUGGCCUCUGCAACGCAGUUGCAGCCGUCUCCGCGUGGCGUAGAUGCUAACGAUUCCUGUACGCUCCGGUACAUCCAAGUCGGGGAUCCGGUUCUGCCACUUCAAAUUCAGUAUCCGUAGAUGACAGCUGAGGUAGAAGUGGCUGAGACUUCGCGCCUGCUUAUCGAACGCCGUCCUGGUCUCCGCUCCAUACAGUAGAGUCAGCGAGAUGACUACCUUGUAAAUCUUCAGAUUGGUGUCAAGAUGGAGGCUGUGAUGGUUCCAGACUGUGCUUUACGGGCCGCCGAAAGUUUGGUUGGGUUUAAAAGCCUGGCGGGCAACCUCAUUGUAAAUAUACUUGGUUCGAGAUAGGGUGCUGCCCAGGUAUGUGAAGUUGUCCAAGACUUGCAGUGAGGCGCCGUUCACAUCCAUAUGGGGUGCGACGUAGGCAGAGUUGGGUGUCGGUUGAUGCGUGAUCACCGUAUUCGUCCUGUUGCCGCAGGCGGCGGCGGCGGCGGCGAAGAAAUCCACGCUCAUUUACGUGCCCAAUUCCGAGGUGGUGUUGAGGGCGCAGUCGUCGGCGGACGGAACCUCAUCUCCGGGAUGCCGUAG